AUGUCCCCGAAGCACCUGGAGAUGCCGGCGCCGCGAUGGACGUGGCCAAAACACCUGGAGGUGCCACCACCAGGGCCGGAGAUGCCACCACAGGGUCUCAAGGUGCCACCACAGGGUCUCAAGGUGCCACCACCAGGUCUCGAGGUGCCACCACCAGGUCCAGAGAUGCCACCACCACCUCCAGAGGUGCCACCACCACCUCCAGAGGUGCCGCCACCCGGUCCCGCGGUGCCACCAAAGCGUCCGCAGAUGCCACCACCGCGACGGCCGCCUCCAGAGCCACCACCAGCGCCGCGCCGCACGCACCCGAAGCCCCCGGAGAUGCCCCCAAACCCCCCGCAGAUGCCCCCAAACCCCCCGGCGAUGCCUCCGAAGCCCCCGGAGACGCCUCCAAAACCCCCGGAGACGCCGCCAAACCCCCCGGAGACGCCACCGAAGCCCCCGGAGAUGCCACCGCCGCCGAGCCCGCCGCCGGCGCGCCGUGCUCCGCCUGCCCUCGCCCCGCUCCCCCCUUUCCCCUGCGCCGCCUGCCCCAAAUCCUACGGCACCCUCUCCAAGCUGACCAUCCACCAGCGCGCCCACACCGGCGAACGCCCCUUCUCCUGCCCGGAUUGCCCCAAAUCUUUCGCCGACCCUUCGGUUUACCGCAAGCACCGGCGGGGCCACGCCGGCCUUCGGCCUCACCGCUGCGGCGCCUGCCCCAAAGCCUACGCCGAGCGCAAGGACCUCCGCAACCACCAGCGCAGCCACACGGGCGAGCGGCCCUUCCUGUGCGCCGAGUGCGGCAAGAGCUUCGGCCGCUCGUCCUCGCUCGCCUGCCACCAGCGCAUCCACGCGCCGCGCAAGCCCUACGCCUGCGGCACCUGCGGCAAGUCCUUCACCCAGCUCUCCUCCUACCAGAGCCACCAGCGCGUCCACACCGGCGAGCGGCCCUACCUGUGCCCGCAGUGCGGCCGGAUGUUCUCCGACCCCUCCAGCUACCGGCGGCACCAGCGGGCGCACCAAGGCGUCAAGCCCUACGGUUGCGGCGAGUGCGGCAAGGCCUUCCGGCAGCCGGCCGACCUGGCCGUGCACCGGCGGACCCACACGGGCGAGCGGCCCUGGCGCUGCGGCGAGUGCGGCAAAGCCUUCGUGGCCUCCUGGGACCUCAAGCGGCACCGCUUGACCCACACGGGCGAGCGGCCCUGGCGCUGCGGCGAGUGCGGCAAAGGCUUCGGCGAGCGGGCGGCGCUGGGCAAGCACCGGCGGACGCACUCGGGCGAGCGGCCCUACGCCUGCGGGCGCUGCGGGAAGGGCUUCGGCGGCGCCUCGGGGCUGCGCAAGCACGAGAGGACGCACGGCAAGCGGGAGGGGGACGAGGGCCACAAGGUGGCCGCCGGGCCGGGCUGCGGGGCGGUGGCUACCGGAGUUCAAGGUUUGGCCGCCAACGUGGCUGCUGGAGUCGGACGGAACGUGGCCGCCGGUGUUGGCCAUGAUAUGGGGGCUCGACCGGGCCACAAUAUGGCUACCGUCGGCCACGACAUGGCCGCCGGCGUUGGCCAUGAUCUCGGUGCUCAACCAGGCCACAAUAUGGCCACCGUCGGCCACGACAUGGCCACUGGACUUGGGGCCAACACGGCCACCGGACUUGGGCCCAACAUGGCCACGGGACUUGCCCACAACAUGGCCACCGCACCGGGACGCAUCAUGGCCGCCGCCUCCGAUCGCGACAUGGCCGUCGUCACGCCGGGUCACGACAUGGCCGCCGCCGGGGGACCCAUGGACUGCGGUGGCCUCAACAUGGCCGCCGCCUUCGGCGCUCCCAACAUGGCCGCCCCCAUGGGGGGCCCCAACAUGGCCGCCCCCAGCGUGGCCACACCCAAUAUGGCCGCCCCCAGCGUGGCCACACCCAAUAUGGCUGCCGCCAUGGGAGGCCCCCAACAUGGCCAUCCUCAGGGGCGGGCCCCAAAAUGGCCGCCCCCAUGGGGGGGCCCAAUAUGGCCAGCCCCCAACAUGGCCACACCCAAUAUGGCCGCCUCAAAUAUAGCCACACCCAAUAUGGCCGCCUCUAACAUGGCCACGCCCAGUAUGGUUGCCUCUAAUAUGGCCACACCCAAUAUGGCUGCUCCCAACUUGGCCACGCCCAACAUGGCCACCCCCAACUUGGCCACGCCCAACAUGGCCGCCCCCAACAUGGCCACGCCCAACAUGGCCGCUCCCACUACGACCACGCCCAACGUGGCCGCCCCCAACAUGGCCACGCCCAUCAUGGCCGCCUCCAAUAUGGCCGCCCCCAGCACGGCCACACCCAACAUGGCCGCCCCCAACAUGGCGGCCCCGGGGGCGUGUCCCGCAGGCCCCGCCCCCCCGGAGCCCCGCCCCUUCGCCUGCCCGCUCUGCCCCAAGCGCUUCGGGGCGCGGGCGGGGCUGCGCAAGCACCAGCGACGUCACGGCCCCGCCCCCUCCCCGCAGGCCACGCCCCCUACCCGGGGGGCGGAGCCGCAGCCAGGCCCCGCCCCCUGA